GUAUUUACCAGGAAUCUUAUAAGGACCGGCUUACCGAUACUGUGUUAUCACAAGAUUAGAUAACCCAGUAGGGGAAUCAAUGUAGCUGAUAUUUGCAAUAUUUGUUAUAGAAGCCUGUGUUCUGAUGUCACUAGAUAUUUCUGGUAAUUACGAGUACCUUAAGUGAGAUUUGUGCUUUUGUUGGCCUGUUAAAACAGUUGAUAAUACUUCUGACUACAGCACAUUCAGUCCUUGUGUAUUUGAUAGACUAACACUGUUUUGUGCUUCUUUGCGUCUCUAAGAGUGUGGGGUCAAACUUGAUGAACACAAACGGUGGCAGAAGCGGUUGAACGGUAAAAUGUCAAAGAAUAACACUGAAGAGUUCGAGAACUUAGAACCUAAUAUGAAUAAAGAUGUGAAUCUUGACUCUGGGACGAAAGAAAAUGCACAAAUGAAUGCCACAGCAGCUAAGUUUAAGGAAGUGAAUGAUUUGCUUGAUAUCAUUCACAGAGAUGCUAGUAUGUUUAAACCAGCUACUAACCUAUGUUACGACGAACCGAAUGACAAUGUUGAUAAUUCACUGAAGAAUGAAGAAGACGAGGCACAACUCGAUGAACAGCUACCAAUUAGAUACAACGACGCAGUCAAUUCUAAAGCUCUAGGCAAAAACGAGAGGACGUAUAGAUUAGAGAAAUUUGAGAAAAAUGCAAUUAUUGUUUUCAAUCAGGAAAAUUUAGAGGGCUAUUUGCCGAGGAAAGGAACGGAAGAAGACGUGAAGGCAAUCUGUGAAACAUUCUCCAAAUUUGGCUUUGUUGACAUAGAAAAUAAUGUUCACAAAGAUUUGACUAAAGUGGAUCUGUUUAAGAAACUUCAAGAAUUUAGCGAGAAAGAUUUCACGGACUACGGAUGCAUAGUUAUAGUUAUCCUCACACACGGGAUGAAAAACGGCCUCCUGCGAGCCAGAGAUGAGGGGCAGCUUUACAGCGAGCUUGACGUCAUCAACCAUUUCAAGUCGCAGAACAAACCCACUUUACUGACGAAGCCUGUCGUCCUCUUAAUCCAGGCGUGUCGCGGCACGGCGUCCACAGUAGGGAUGGCAGUUAUGCAGAAGUUGAAGAUUGCCAAAGACCAUGAUGACACUGAAUAUUACCACUUACCAGUCGAGGCGGACAUGUUAAUAGCACACAGUUCCUUCGUCGGAAAAUCAUCUUUCAGACCAGACACCGGCACGUGGUUCAUCCAGACAGUAUGCAAGUACAUCAAUGAGCUGUACCUCACCCACGACCUGGAAUCCAUACUCGUCGAGGUCAAACGGGAGAUAGCCAUCAACAAAUACUACAUGGAACUUAACAGACGGACGGAAACGAUGGAUGUCAACAAACAAAUGCCUACGAUAACAUCUACUCUUAUUAGGAAAUUGUAUUUGAGGAAAUAUGGGGAUGAUCCUUUGUUAGCGGCGCCAAUAGAGCUUACACUCUUAGACUCACUGUUGGUUCCGAACACUCCCAAAGCGGCAGAUGAGUCGUGUACCUGUUAUAUGAAACAUUUCGACUACAUGAAGAGGUGUCUCAGGCAUUUCGUCGAUGAAAACGUAGCAAAUACAACGGCGAGAUGUCUGUUAGACAUAGCCAAUUUGGAAAGCGGUACAGAUGGCGAGAAAACGAAGGCUACUUUGAGAGCAAUAAGCGACUGCCUCCACAAACACUGCAAGGGAUCGGAAUACCACAAAUUCAUAUACUAUUACCACGAAUUUGAUGGUACAGAUUCCAUAGAGAAUAUAGAACAGAAUAGAAGGGUUUCGUCUGGUUUUCUUGGGCGCGUGAAGGAGUCCUGGGUCAAAGUAAGCCAAAAUUAUGCUGUGCGCGGCCUUGGGACAGCCGUUGGAGCAUAUCUUGUUUAUAAUCUAAUAAGAAAAUGA